GGAUCAAUAAAAAUGUGGAGUGUGGCUCUUGCGCGUUUUCAUCGUUGACAAAGUGAGCGUGACACGUCACGCUCUACAUUCAGUGUCGAGCUUCUGCAGGCAUGGCAAAUACCGAUCCUAAAGGUGACAUUGAUUAUGUCUUGAGUGAUGCACUGGUCUUCAUUUCGGAUGAGGAGGACCAGGGGAUUCAGAGAGGAGUGAAAAGAUCUGCUGAAGAUGCGGCACUUGUCCAAGAGGACCAAGUGAAGCCUACUCCGGCCAAGCGCCUUGAGAUAGACGGGGAGCCAUCCAAGGUAGAGCUCGAUGAAAGUGGACCGCCGAAUCAAGUAGACAAGCCUGCUGAGCCAUCCCAAACGACGGUAACACCCAAGACAACCGAACCAAGUCCUGCGGGUCACAAGGAAAAGACCUACACACUCGUGGACCAGGAGUCUGAAAUAAAGCAAGCUUUGGCCAACCUCCGCGAAUGCAGCGAGGCGAAUUCCCUUCUAGCCGUUGAUUGCGAGGCAGAAAAGCUGGGCCGAGAUGGAAAGCUGUCCCUUGUUGCCGUGGCAACAGAGAGACACACCUACCUGUUCGACAUCAAGACCCUGGGAGCCAAAGUCUUCGACGAAGGCCUACGACAUCUGCUACAGGACCCCAACCGGGAGAAACUGAUGUUCGACUGCAGAAGUGAUUCCGAUUGCCUCUGGCAUCUGUACGCAGUCAAACUCACCAAUGUCCUGGAUCUACAGCUUAUGCAGAUUAUCCAUCAAGAGAGUGAUAAAAGCCACCCUUACUACGGUAGGGUCAUGCCACGAGACUUUCAGCGCAGGAUCAAAGGCUUUAAGAAGUGUCUGGAACACUACGUUGACGACCAGAAUUUUGCUAGAAUUAAGAACAGCGGUUUGCCGUUGAUGGGCAAGGACGGCGUGAACUGGAUGAAGAGGCCUUUGAUUAAACAACUCUUGGAAUACGCCGCGGUGGACGUUCAAGGUUUUUUCCCGCUUUACUGCAAGCUUAAGUCAGCCGUGGACACGCCUUCAGCCAAAAAACGUCUUCAAGUCGGCUCCCAGCGAUACCUCGAUCUCUACCAGUCCAAAUCGGUCCGCAUCUACGACAAAUACGAGCUAAAUGCCUUUCUACCUUGGCGCGUUCUUCCGGACUCCGUAAACGAGACAUUUUAUCGGCAGGAAGUCACUUGCACCGGAUGCAAACGUCGAUUCCCGCGGAGUGAUUUUACAAAGACACAACUGCGACUCGGUUCGCAGAAGUGCCCGGUGUGUAAGAAGAUUGAUAAGGGCUGUUGAUGGCUUCAACCCAUUCAAGGAUCCCAAACGAUCACAUAAGCCUAAAUUUAGCAAGUAGUUGGGUGUAGAGUGAACCUUGGAUUGUUAAAAAUUAUAGUACUUCAAUAAACUGACACUGGAGAGUCGUAUGUUGCAGAUUUAGGUCGUGCUAAAUCUAUAACGCCUAUCGAGGACUCUUAAAAUGCUCCUUGCACAUAAUGCUACUAAAAGCAUGGGGAAGUUUUGAUAAAAAGGGAGAAGACGGAGAUGAAAACAUAAACCCUCGAUCAUGUCUUUUAUGGAGUAUAGAUCAGUUGCUUGGUGAAAGAUUCAUUUAUAAUAACUUAGUAAAACGUAUGCUCCAUUUAUUAGUUUUAAUUAUAUUCAGUAAUAUUCUUUUACUUGUGGGCUUCGAAGAAGUGAACUUUAGAUUUUGGAUAACUCAGGCAACCUGUUCCUUUUUCAAAGGAGAUUGAUCUCUAGCCGUACUGUUAUCUACUUGACUUUUAUGCAGCUGAUUCUAUAUAAAUUCAGUGUUUUUUGUCUAACAACACGCGAAAUAGUUCAAACCUUCAAAAUGUUACCAUCAUAAUCCAUCAUAAUGAUUAAAUUCAAUGUUCUACAGGUGGGGACGAAACACUAGUUUAGACAACAUGUACCCGUUUCAAAACUAUUAUUUGCUUAAUGCUUCGAACCUGGGAAAACCAUUGAUGUUAUACUUAUCUCUCUAAAGGGACAUUCAGCUUUUAAACGAGAAAAAGAUAAACACAGGAAGAUUCUGUACACCCAAAAGCAGUGCAGCGUUUCUACUGGAUUAAAGCUGGUAACUGUAAUGUGGAUUAGAAGGAAAUAAAAUGCUGUUUGAAUCUUAAUUCAUGCCAAUUUGUAAUUUGAAAGCAAAACAUUUGUUGUUAAUGCUGGGCCUGCGGAUAACUUCCGUUUUGGUGAGUGGCCGCGUGAUAUACAGAGAGAUACUAGUUCCUGUUGAAACGAUUGAAAUUAAAACGCGUGUGUGAUUGGACUGUGUA